AUGACCGACUACAAGUUUGAAGGAUGGCUUGGCCUCGAUGCCAGCUCGGCCGAGGGCAAGAUGCAAUGGGGCGAGUUUGAGCCCAAGCCUUGGGAGGAGACCGACAUCGAUAUCAAGAUCUCUCACUGCGGUAUCUGCGGCAGCGACCUUCACACUCUCCGCUCCGGAUGGGUCGUCAGAGUCGGUUCUCAAGUCAAGCACCUCGCUCUGGGCGACCGCGUGGGUGUCGGUGCCCAGUCCGACUCUUGCUGCAGCCGCAUGGGCAAGCCUUGCGAGGCCUGCGAGUCUGGCCAGGAGAACUACUGCCCCAACAAGCACGUCGGUACCUACAACGGCGUCUACCUCAACGGCGGCAAGUCCUACGGCGGUUACGCCACCUACAACCGCGUUCCCGCCCGCUUCGCCGUCAAGAUUCCCGAGGGCAUCUCCAGCGCCGAGGCCGCUCCGAUGUUGUGCGGUGGUGUGACCACCUACGCUCCCCUCAAGCACCACGGCGCCGGUCCCGGCAAGACAGUCGGUAUCGUCGGUCUCGGUGGCCUCGGCCACUUUGGUGUCAUGUGGGCCAAGGCUCUCGGUGCGGACAAGGUCGUUGUCAUCUCUAGAACAAACGCCAAGAAAGAGGACGCCCUCAAGAUGGGCGCUGACGAGUUCAUCGCUACCGCCGAGGACCCCAGAUGGGGCAAGACCCACGCCAACACCAUCGAUUUGAUCGUCUGCACUGUCAGCCAGACCGACAUGCCGGUACAGGACUACUUCAACCUGCUCAAGUUUGACGGUGUCUUUGUGCAGGUCGGUCUGCCCGAUGACGGCUUCCCAACCUUCCAGCAGAAGCCCUUGAUCUUCAAGCGCAUCAAGAUCACUGGCAGUUUGAUCGGCAGCCCGGAUGACAUCAGGGAGAUGUUCGACUUGGCCCUCGCCAAGGGUGUCAAGCCGUGGAUUUCUACCAUCCCCAUGAAGGACGCCAACCAGGCUAUUAUCGAUUUCGAGAAGGGAGCGCCGAGAUACAGAUUCGUCUUGGAGAACGAGCCGGAGGCCAAGGCUUCCCUUUGA